AUUAUCUUAUAGUUUUUACUGUACAAAAUGUUGAACAUAGCAAUCAUAUCCAUGGCUCGUGCAACCAAUGCUUCCUCCCCUAUCUACCACCACAAACUCUUCAACUUCUCCUCUACCCAUUCACCCAUUCCCCACACCCUCAACUUCCCACUCACAACAACAACCAGUUCCUCAAAACCCCUCAUUCUAAAUCCCCAGUUACUCAACCCUCCUUCUUUCAAACUCCACCCUCUUCACCCACCAUCAUUUUCCUUACAUCAAUUCGAAUAUACUGAAGAAGAAGAAGAAAAUGAUCCUAAAACUGAAACUAAAACCUCACCGAAUUCAGACCCAAAAUCGUCGCAAUCAAAGAGACUCUUUGUUGGUAACUUGCCAUUUUCAUUAUCUUCUUCCCAAUUGGCUCAACUCUUUGUAGAAGCCGGAAACGUUGUGUCUGUAGAGAUUGCGCAUGAUGACAUUGGGGAUAGAAGCAGAGGAUUUGCGUUUGUUACAAUGGGGAGCGUGGAGGAUGCUGAAGAAGCAAUUCGAAUGUUUGAGGGCACUAAUGUUGGAGGUAGAGUUAUUAAGGUAAACUUCCCAGAAGUGCCUAGAGUAGGCAAAAGUGCAAAAAUGGGCUCAAACUAUAGAGGUUAUGUAGACAGCCCUCACAAAAUCUAUGCCGGAAACCUCGGUUGGGAUAUGACUUCCCAGGAUCUUAGAGAAGCCUUUGCUAAGCAGAAAGGCUUACUGAGUGCCAAGGUUAUCUAUGAAAGGAACACCGGAAAAUCUCGCGGAUAUGGGUUUGUUUCGUUCGAAACUGCUGAGGAUGUAAAAGCUGCUUUGAUUGCUAUGAACGGCGUGGAGGUACAAGGCCGGCCUUUACGAAUGAAAUUGGCUCUUGAUAAUAAGAAGCCUUUAUCGCCUCCGGUAAUUGAUUAAAAUAAAGGAAGUAAUGUUGAUAGCUUGAAAAUGCUGUUUGGAAUAAACAAAUGAGGUACAUAAGUUAUGGCUUUUCCACCCUUUGAAUACUCUUCAAUUUUGUCCUAAGUGGUCUCUCAUGUCAUAUUUUUCUGUCAAUUACUAAUCACAUUGGCAUACACUAACUACAAGAUCAACGUCAAUUCUUUUGAUAUUGUAAUGAUGGUAAGGGACCAGAACCCAGUUCCUCUACAACCGACUUUACUGUGCAGUCCGACUGAAGACCAACCGACAAUAACGAUCUCCUGUUGACUGCAUUGUAAAUCCCUAGUCCACAAUAUUAUGUUAGUAGUCCUCCAAAAAGUAAUGAAUGUAGAACGGUAAUCAUGUUUAUUUUGCUCUUCAAAGAUAUAUUUGAUCUACAUUAGUCUUUCAUUAAGCAUCCACAUCAAUUUUUUUCUUCAAUAGUUUUGAUGUCAUCUUAGGGAGUAGCUGACAAAAGAUAUAUUGUUACAGGUUGAUUUUGAUGUUUGAUGAACCUUUGAAAACCAUUUUCAUAUGUUUAUGAUUGAAAGAAAUGUUAUAUUCAUGAACAUGAGAGUUCUACUGUUUUUUAUGAACGCGAGAAAUUGUGUUAGUUGAAUAAAUUGAAUAUCUUUUGCGCUCAUCUCAAAAGACUAAUUUCUCGAGUCGGAGAAGGGCACAAUGUAAGGCAAAGAAAAGGUGUGACAUCCGAAUUUUUUUUCUUCUCAUACACACCUUUAGGGAGGGGCGAAGUUAGGUUGGGUAAAAUAAAAACCAUUGAGCCAUUCAGAUAAAGCUGAGAAAAUUUUCUUGUAUUGAUUCAAAUUUAUUUAACUUAUUUUGAUUAAUAUGCAGUACCUGAAUCAAAUCAAGUUGCGCUUUUUCUUUUUUCUGAGUUGGACGCUAAUCAGCUACAUCUCUGGAGCACCUAUGAGCCACAAAUUGCCUCUAAUCAAAGCCAUAAACCGACCAUAAUGUCUCAUAAUGUCGCUUGCCAAAUAAAUAUCAAACUCCCCUUUGAUUUCUUAUUCCUGCCCAUCAACACGAAGGGGCUAAAGAAGGAGAAAAGUAUCUUCAACCAAGUAUCUUCAACCAUAAUAACAACACAACCUAACUAAAAUAUUGUGGAACAAAUUCCAAAAGCAAAAUAACAAUUGUUCGGUUUAUAAAUCAGAUAUUUGCAAUCAAGUCAGAGAAUAAGGUUUUGUUAUAGUGGAACAAAUUUAUGGCAUGGCGGAGAGGCAGUAGAUUUGUAAGGAUAGGACUUCAAUGCGUAAGCCACAACUUAAAUUUGUGGCUGAAUAAAAAGUUGCUUCCUCCCGAAGAGGACAAGUGGAUAUGUAGUAAUUAUUAAAUUGUUUUUCUUCACCCACCUCCUAACCUUCUUGCCCACCUCUGGUGAAUUUACCACACUACC